AUGGAUAAACCAAUAAUUAUUGAUGUUGGUACAAAAAACAUUAGAAUUGGAUAUGGCGGAGAAGAAAAACCAAAUGAAACAUUAUUAAAUCUAAUUGGAAUACCAACAACUAUAAAAAUGAUUGGAGUUGAAAGAAAAAAUUAUUAUGCAGGAUCAGAUAUUAAUUUUAUAAAUAAAAGAAAUCAUAGAUUAUCCUUAACAUGUCCUAUGAAAAGAGGUAUAGUUAGUAAUUGGGAAGAUAUGGAAAAGAUUUAUUCAAGAUUACUUUAUUAUGAAUUUAAAGUUGCACCAGAAGAAAGUGAUAUACUUCUCACUGAACCACCAUUAACAUCAAAAAAUGAUCAUAACAAAUUAAUUGAAAUUAUGUUUGAAACUUUUUGCACUCAAUCAGUAUCUCUAUUGGAUCAAUCAAUGUUAUCAUUUUAUUCAUCAUCAUCAUCAUCAUCAUCAUCAUCAUCAUCAUCAUCAUCAUCAUCAUCAUCAUCAUCACAAUUUGAAAAUAGUAGUGGAUUAGUAGUUGAUAUUGGCGAUAGUGUUACAAAUAUAGUUCCAUUUUAUAAUGGCGUAUUAUUAAAGGAAGGAAUUGUUCGUCAAGAAUUUGGUGGUAGUGAUAUUGUAACCUACUUAAAUGACACAUAUAAACAAUAUAACAUUCCAAUUGAAACUCUUUAUGAUAUAAAAGAAAAGUUUGGAUAUGUUUCAACAUUAGCAUUUGACAAUAAUAAUAAUAAUAAUAAUAAUAAUAAUAAUAAUAAUAAUAAUAAUAAUAAUAAUAAUAAUAAUAAUAAUAAUAAUAAUAAUAAUAAUAAUAAUAAUAAUAAUAAUAAUAAUUAUAGUUAUCAACUUACUGGUAGUGGCAAAACAAUAGAAAUAGGUGAAGAUGAUAGAAUAAAAUGUGGUGAAUACUUGUUUAAACCAUUGUCAUCAUCAUCUUUGGAAGGUAUUGAUAAUUUAAUCAUGAAAUCAAUUAAUAAUGCUUGUUUAUCAAAUGUUGAUUGUAGCAUUGAUAUUAAAAAUAAAUUAUUCAACAAUAUAUUAUUAUGUGGUGGAUCAACAAAAUUCAAAGGUUUCAUUGAAAGAUUAAAGAUCGAGUUGGGAAAAAAACUAGAGAAUUGUACAACACAAUCAAUAAAUAUUAAAAAUAAUAAUAAUGAUUAUUCUUCUUGGUUAGGUGGUUCAAAAAUAUCUUCAAAUAAAUCAAAUUUUAUUUCAUAUGAUAUUUACCAAGAAAACGGUUUAAAUUAA